CUCCCUUGUCGAGUGCCUGCUUGCAUUACCAGAGCCCCCCCGCUAAGACCGGAGUUGCUUUCUUGUCCUUCGCCAUGAACGCUCUGCAAGGCCUCUCGCUGCUCGUUGGAGUGCUGCUGAUACGCCAGGCUGCUGCGUCCUCGGGCCCGGACCACCUUCCCUACUCCUGGUGCAACAACAGCACCCAGCUAUCGGACAAACUUGUCGCGGAGAUACAUGGUUACGGCCCGGUGGUCGCUGCCAUCAUCGAACGAGUGAUGCAGGGGCCGGAACAGAAUCAGACCUACGAGGAACUGGCCAACUUUGUGGACAGGUUCGGUGCCAGGAUGGCGGGAUCCAGGAACCUGGAGAACGCCAUCGAUUACAUGGUGGCGUUGCUUGGAAGGAGAGGACUGGACGCCGUAUACACGGAGGACGCCGAAGUACCCCACUGGGUUAGGGGCAAUGAGUCGGCAUGGUUGCUCAAGCCCCGGCUCCAGAGGCUCAGCAUCCUGGGACUCGGAGGCAGCGUCGGAACGCCGCCGGAAGGCAUCAUGGCUCCCGUCCUGGUCGUCAAGUCCUUCGACGAGCUUAGGGCCAAAGCCCGUCAGGCCAGGGGCAAGAUCGUGGUGUUCAACGAGGACUACACCAGCUACUCAAGCACGGUAGCGUACCGCGAGGACGGGGCGUCGGCAGCCCGUCAGGCGGGUGCCGUGGCCGCCCUGGUUCGCUCGGUGACCCCGUUCUCCAUCGGGAGUCCCCACACGGGUUGGAUGACGUACGGGGAAAACAACGCCGCGAGGAUUCCGUCGGCCUGCAUCACCGUCGAAGACGCCGAGUUCCUGGAGAGGCUGCAGCAGAGAGGGGUAGAGAUGAAGAUUCAGUUGGUCAUGGAUGCGAAGAACCUGCCCCACACGACGUCUCGCAAUACCGUCGCCGAACUGCGGGGUUCGACUGUUCCAGACGAGGUGGUCCUGGUGAGCGGUCACCUGGACUCGUGGGACGUCGGCCAGGGCGCCAUGGACGACGGCGGAGGCGCCUUCAUCGCGUGGCGGGCCCUGGCCGUGCUCCGCUCUCUGGGCCUCCGGCCGAGGAGGACGCUGCGCUGCGUUCUCUGGACGGGCGAGGAAGAGGGCAUCUGGGGCGGACGGGCCUACUACAAGCGCCACCAGAGCGAGGCUCCCAACAUGAACGUGGUCAUGGAGUCGGACAUGGGCACCUUCAAACCCCUGGGCCUGAUGCUGGCCAGCGCCAACCCGACGGCGCGCUGCAUGGCCGAGCACGUGCUGGGGCUGAUGGCUGCCCUGAAUGCCACCAGGCUCAGGCUGGGCGAUGACGGCCCGGACACCAAGCAGUGGGUGGAGCGCGGGGUGCCCGGGGCCACGCUGGACACGGCCAACGAGAAGUACUUCUACUUCCACCACACGGACGGAGACACCAUGACGGUCGAGGACCCGGUCAACCUGGACCUGUGUACAGCCUUUUGGGCGGCCGUUGCGUUCGUGUUCGCCGACCUGAGCGAGCGCCUGCCACGAUGAUGUCCCUUGACCCUCUUCGCUUCAGGGUUAUCGGCAACAUUAACUUGCCAUCAAAAUAAAGUACACGG